UAUUGUUUUGUGAACAGAAUGUUUCCCGUGAGGCUGCUACUAAACUUGCCGUUGUGAGUGUUCCUCCUUUUGGUUAUUUACCUUCCCAAAUAACUCUCCGAUCAUAACGGGAAAAAAUUGUGUCGAGUUAAAUGAGGUUGCGAGCUCCUUCAAUGUCAAGAUGAAACCUCUAGUAGAGAAUAUAAAGCCCAAUUUUCCGGGCAUGAUUUCUUAUAUCGAUACACACGAUAAGCUCUUCGACAUUGUUAAAUCUCCGAGUGAGUAUGGUUUUGUAGAGGCGAGGAGGGGUUGCUGUGGAACGGGUCUGUUGGAGACAGCUAUAUUGUGCAACCCUAGCACAGUAAGUUGUGCUGAUCCAUCCAAAUAUGUGUUCUGGUAUAGUUUUCAUCCAACAAUUGAAUGUUAUAAGUUCCUUGCAAAUGUCUCGUUCCAGCAGAUUCGGGAUAGUAUACUGUCGGCAACCCCAUCAAACUAAUUCAAAGAUGAUUUGAGUAGGACCUACACCAUUUUACAAUAAAUUGGAAGACUCGGUAAUAUAAUAUGUUUUGCUCAAGAGUG